AUGUCUGGCGUUUCAAGUGCAAUGUCCUCUAGAGCAGCUGUUGGUCCUUCCAAUGCCACUUUUAAAGGAAGAGAAAAACCACAAGAAGUACGUAAGGCAAAUAUUAUUGCUGCAAGAGCUGUUGCAGAUGCCAUCAGAACUUCUUUAGGGCCCAAGGGUAUGGAUAAAAUGAUCAAAACAUCUCGUGGUGAGAUUAUUAUUUCAAAUGAUGGUCAUACAAUUUUGAAGCAGAUGGCCAUCCUUCAUCCAGUGGCUAAAAUGUUAGUGGAAGUAUCAGCUGCACAGGAUGCAGAAGCUGGUGAUGGUACUACCUCUGUUGUUAUCUUAACAGGGGCUCUAUUAGGUGCCGCAGAAAGAUUAUUAAAUAAAGGUAUACAUCCAACUAUUAUCGCAGAAUCUUUCCAAAGAGCUUCAAAGAGGUCUGUUGAGAUCCUUUUGGAAAUGUGCCACCGUAUUAAACUAUCUGAUAGAGAGGACCUAAUCCGUGCAACCACAACAUCCUUAAGUUCAAAGAUUGUAUCUCAAUACUCAUCCUUUUUGGCUCCAUUGACUGUGGACUGUAUAUUAAAGAUCGCGAAUGAGGAAUCAACAACGGUGGAUCUAAAUGAUAUUCGUUUGAUUAAAAAAGUUGGUGGCACCAUUGAUGACACUCAAAUGGUUGAUGGUGUUAUAUUGACACAAACUGUGGUUAAAUCUGCUGGUGGCCCAACAAGAAAAGAAAAAGCAAAAAUUGGUUUAAUUCAAUUCCAAAUUUCUCCACCAAAACCAGAUACCGAAAAUAAUAUUGUAAUAAACGAUUAUAGACAAAUGGAUAAAAUUUUAAAGGAAGAAAGAGCGUAUUUAUUAAAUAUUUGUAAAAAAAUCAAAAAGGCUAAAUGUAACGUUUUAUUAAUUCAAAAAUCCAUAUUGAGGGAUGCUGUCAAUGAUUUGGCGUUACAUUUUUUGUCUAAACUAGGUAUUAUGGUGGUUAAAGAUAUUGAAAGAGAAGAAAUUGAAUUUCUUUCAAAGAGUCUUGGUUGUAAACCGAUAUCUGAUAUUGACUUGUUUACAGAAGAUAGAUUGGGUUCAGCAGAUCUUAUUGAGGAAAUUGAAAGCGAUGGGUCCAAAAUCGUUAAAAUUACUGGUAUUAAGAGUCCUACUGCAAAGCCAACCGUUUCUGUGGUUAUACGUGGUGCUAAUAACAUGAUUUUAGAUGAAACUGAACGUUCUUUGCAUGAUGCAUUAUGUGUGUUACGUUGUCUUGUAAAGGAAAGAGGUUUAAUUGCAGGUGGUGGUGCUCCUGAAAUUGAAAUAUCUAGAAGAUUAACCAAAGAGGCAAGAGCCAUGGAAGGUGUAGAAUCUUUUAUCUGGCAAGAGUUUGCACAGGCAUUGGAAAUUAUUCCAACCACUUUAGCUGAAAAUGCAGGGUUGAAUAGUAUUAAAGUUGUGACUGAAUUACGUUCUAAACAUGAAAAUGGCGAAUUAUAUGAUGGUAUCUCAGUGAGAAGAUCCGGUACUACCAAUACAUAUGAAGAGCAUAUUUUACAACCUGUUCUUGUAUCAACUAGCGCUAUCUCCCUUGCUGCAGAAUGUGUUAAAUCUAUAUUACGUAUUGAUGAUAUCACUUUUAGUCGUUAG